CGGUUGGUGCCGGCGCUCCGCAGUGGGGGAGCGGCGGGCGCGGAGCCGCGGCCGGUCCCAAUCUCGGUCCCAGUCCCAGUGCCAGCGGCGCGCGGAGCACCGGGCGCAGCCAUGUCUGUGGUGGGCAUCGACCUCGGCUUUCUCAACUGCUACAUCGGCGUGGCGCGGAGCGGCGGCAUCGAGACCAUCGCCAACGAGUACAGCGACCGCUGCACGCCAGCAUGUAUAUCUUUAGGAUCCAAGACCCGAGCCAUCGGGAAUGCAGCAAAGAGCCAGAUCGUCACAAAUGUAAAAAAUGCAGUGCAUGGCUUCAAAAAACUGCAUGGAAGAGCAUUUGAAGAUCCUUACAUACAAGCUGAGAGGGCCAAACUUCCCUAUGAACUUCAGAAAAUGCCAAAUGGCUCCGUAGGAGUAAAGGUGAGGUACCUGGAUGAAGAGAGACUGUUUGCAGUGGAACAGAUCACAGGAAUGCUGCUGGCCAAACUGAAGGAGACUUCGGAAAGCGCUUUGAAGAAACCGGUGGCCGACUGUGUGAUUUCAGUCCCUAGUUUUUUCACUGAUGCUGAAAGAAGGUCUGUAAUGGCAGCUGCACAGAUUGCAGGAUUAAAUUGUCUGAAGCUGAUGAAUGAAACUACAGCAGUUGCAUUAGCCUAUGGAAUAUACAAGCAAGAUCUGCCAGCCUUGGAAGAGAAGCCAAGAAAUGUGGUCUUUGUAGAUAUGGGGCAUUCUGCAUAUCAGGUUUCCAUCUGUGCUUUUAACAAGGGAAAACUGAAGGUCUUGGCCACUACCUUUGACCCUUUCAUAGGUGGUAGGAACUUUGAUGAGGCUUUGGUAGAUUACUUCUCCGACGAAUUCAGGACAAAAUACAAACUGAAUGUAAAAGAGAAUCCCCGAGCACUGCUGCGAUUGUAUCAGGAAUGUGAAAAGCUCAAGAAGCUGAUGAGUGCAAAUGCGUCUGACCUUCCACUCAAUAUCGAGUGCUUCAUGAAUGACCUGGAUGUCUCCAGUAAGAUGAACAGAGCUCAGUUCGAGCAGUUGUGUGCUGCCCUUCUGGCCAGAGUGGAGCCUCCCCUAAGAGCAGCCAUGGAUCAAGCCAAACUUCAGCGUGAAGAUAUCUACAGUAUAGAAAUAGUAGGUGGGGCUACUCGAAUUCCAGCAGUGAAGGAACAGAUCUCUAACUUUUUCUGUAAAGAGAUAAGCACCACACUAAAUGCUGAUGAAGCUGUGGCAAGAGGCUGUGCCUUGCAGUGUGCAAUUCUUUCUCCAGCUUUUAAAGUGCGUGAGUUUUCCAUCACAGAUGUUGUUCCUUACUCUAUAACAUUGAGAUGGAAAUCAUCUUAUGAAGAAGGAACAGGGGAGUGUGAAGUCUUCAGUAAGAACCAUGCUGCUCCAUUCUCAAAAGUAAUUACUUUCCACAAGAAAGAGCCUUUUGACUUGGAAGCUUAUUACACCCAUCCACAUGAAGUGCCUUAUCCUGAUUCUCGAAUAGGGCGUUUCACUAUUCAGAACGUUGGUCCCCAGCACGAUGGAGACAACUCCAAGGUGAAGGUGAAAGUACGAGUCAACAUCCACGGGCUGUUCAGCGUGGCCAACGCGUCCAUCAUAGAGAAGCAGAGCAUCGAGGGGGACCACAACGACACCCCCAUGGACACCGAGUCUGCAAGUAAGAACCAAGGCAGAGAUGAGGAGCUGCAAUUACCUUUCAGUAUUGAGGAUGAUCCCCUUGACUCUGAGGAGGAGUUAUGUAACUCUCUGCAGGAUAAAAUGCAGGUUGAUCAAGAAGAAGGUGUGCAGAAAAGUCAAGCUGAGCAACAGAAUCAAGCAGAUGAGGAAACUGAAAAUGCUGGAACUGAAACCAAGGCUGCUUCUGGAGAAAAGCAAGAUAAUCCCUCCCAGCCAAAAGCUAAAACAAAAGUUAAGAGUAUUGACCUCCCUAUACAGGCGAGCCUCUAUAGGCAGCUGGGGCAAGACCUGAUCAAUUCCUAUAUAGAAAAUGAGGGGAAGAUGAUGAUGCAAGACAAGCUUGAGAAAGAACGAAAUGAUGCUAAGAAUGCUGUUGAAGAAUAUGUGUAUGAAUUCAGAGACAAGCUGUGUGGAGCCUUUGAGAAAUUUAUCACUGAAGAGGAUUCAAACAAGCUGACCUUGAUGUUGGAGGACACAGAAAACUGGCUUUAUGAAGAUGGAGAGGACCAGCCAAAACAAGUAUACAUGGAUAAACUUCAGGAAUUAAAGAAAUUUGGACAGCCUAUCCAGGAAAGAUGCAUGGAACAUGAAGAGAGACCAAAAGUUCUAAAUGAACUGGGAAAGAAGAUUCAACUCCUUAUGAAAGCAGUAGAAGCAUACAAAAAUAAGGAUGAAAAGUAUGACCACCUAGAUCCUGCUGAGAUGGAGAAGGUUGAAAAAUACAUUAAUGAGGCUAUGAAUUGGUUGAACAGUAAAAUGAAUGCCCAGAACAAACUCAGUCUAACUCAGGAUCCAGUUGUCAAAGUGGCAGAAAUACUAGCAAAAUCUAAGGAACUGGAUAGCUUCUGUAAUCCCAUUCUAUCCAAGCCCAAGCCGAAGAUAGAACCUCCCAGUGACGGGCAGUCCAAAGCUAACGGGGAACACAACGGGCCAGUGAACGGACAGAGCGCUGCUGACGCAAAACCCGAACCGGCCAAGGACAACCCUCAGCAGACCAAACCCCCCGGAGAAAUGGAAGUGGACUAAACCUUGCAUUUCUUUUACUUCAUUAAAAUAGUGCAAGUAACCACAGGGUCCAUUCUUUUUGUCCGGUACACACAUCAGAUGUUCAGUUAUUCUUAGCCAAACUUCUGUCAUUUGUUGCUGAGUAGUUUUGAAAGUGUUUUAUAUUAAGUACACCUCUGAUGUUCAUUUCCACUGAUGCUGCUUAUGUGGAGCUUUAGCCAAAUGUAGAUUGUAUAAGUCAGUUGAAGCUUUCCCAAUAUAUUUUAUAUCAAACAUACAGAAUUGAUCUAUAAAUGGCAACGAUCUACCUUAUUUAAAGCUUUUAUUGUGGAUAAACCUCAGCUCCUUUAUUCAGGAAAGGAUACUGUAUUGCACUACUGAUGCUCAAGUGUAGAUCUAAUCGCAUCUUUAUUUUGGAAAAAUAUUGGAAUUGAAGUGGCAAAACCUGUCACUUGAAGCACUGACCUUUUCUAGUUAUUGUACUGUUAUAAUUUAAAUAUUAAAAUAGAGGUUAGUUGGCAUACCAGUCCAUCUUGUUGAUGUACCAUGAGGAUUGUACGGUCUUUUUCAUAGGAACUGAGUAAUACGAGCUUAGGUGUUUUCUGGGUUCCCAUACCACUACCAGUUUUCAUUACAGACUGCUCCAGCAUCCUGGCUCUGCUGUGUGCUGGAAUUCCUGGGCUCUGCACAUUGCUGUACAUACUGUGCUGUGCUUAGGACAGGGUGAUGCUGGUGAGAACAGGAUUAAAAGGGGAGAAUAUUCAAGGCUGCUGCAAAGCUUUCCCUUGAAAAUGUCUUAUUGCACGUGGAACUAUUUCCACUUCUUUGGUUUUGAAUUCAAUUUACAUCUUGAUUGUAUCUCAUCCUGGGGAGGAGAAACAACAGAAACAGUGCUGUGCAAACUGGGUAUCACCACCCUGAUUUUGAGGUUGCUUAAAUGCUGUUUGGUGCAAACUUGAAAGAAAUGCUGAGAUCUUAUUUAAGCCUUGAUGCUCAGCACAUAAAUUUUUUGGUCAAGGACCAAGACAAAAGAGCUUAAAAACUGGAUAUUAUUACCCCAGAGGUGGAAUCUACUUCAUGAACUUCCACAGCUUACCGCUUAGCUUUGGUCAUUCAGCUCUCUAAUGAGAGUGUCUACAAUCUGUUACACACUAGAAUCAUUGUUUUCUUUGAGACAUCUUAGACCUUGUCAAGGUCCAGUGUACGUCCCAAAUAUAUUCCACAUGCUUCUGUCAGUCACUGAGGUACUGUAGCACUUGCUAAAGCCAGUCACUUACUGACCUGAAACUCUUCUACUACGAGAGUGGGAAUGGGGUACUCUAAUGAUGAAAGGUGGUUUCUUUACCCAGCAUAAGAAAGCAAGUUGCAGUGUAAUGCUUCAGUGACUUGAACUCUGUCCCAGAAACAAAUCCAGAUGUUAACCAGGCAUUCCUGCAGCAGCUCUCUCAUAGGAGGUGUUGCUGUUGUAAACAAGUGAAGAAUCACAGUAUUGUUUCUGGCUUUGGCAGCCAUUUUAGCUUUGGUCAUGCCCUUCAUCUUUACCACUGUUGGUGCUACAAAAAGUCAUUCAUGACCCCUGGGAGAGGUGAAUUCAACUCUCCUGUAUCUUCACAGAAAAAGGAAGCAUCAUUUAUGGCUGUACGACAGUCUGCCAGACUAGUUCAAGUGCUGGAAGUGUAUCUUCAUGACCGACAUCAGGUGACCGAGAUGAGCGUGCUUUGCUCUCGUUCCUGUUCCAUGCAAUCGGUGUGGAUGGUCUGACACUAUCCCUGCUGAAGAGGAAUGCUUCCCACAGACUGCCCAAAGAAGCUGGCUCUGAGGUCCAUGUUAGGAAUCCUAUUGGGACGGCAGAGUUGAUGUUUCCACAGUGAGGUUCACAUUAAUAUAUGACUUGUUCAUAUGUAAUCUGUUUUCUGUUACAAAUAGGAGAUUUUACCAGGACAGAUUUAAGUACUUACACACUAUGCAUAACUUGAUGUUUUGUGUGUCAGACUCAACGAGCAAUUUCCCUCUGCCUACCCCAACAGCACCAACCUGAGUGUCUUUGCAACAUGAAGUUUUGUUGGGGAACCAGCAGUUGUCUGCUGCUCUGCAUCUUGUAUGUUUUAACAGCAGGUAGUUGUUCAUAAUGUCUUACUUGAAACUUUGUGCUGAGGGCAAGAUACAUUUCUAAUUUUUUAAAAUAUUCCCUCUGUCCCACAAAAAGAAAGGAAGCAAAACUAUCUUUGUAAAUGCAGUAGAGUUUGUUUAAAAAACAAAAGUUCUGUAAAUCAGGUUCUAGAGUUUCAUAUAAAGAUCUAGUUACAAACCAGCAUAUACAUACAUUGUUUUAUUUUACCAGUAAGAGCUCAGUAAGAGGACUCAUUCUCUUCUGGCUGGAGCAUUAAUGGACUUGCUCAAGAAAGGACUUCAAAAUUAAUUUAAUUUUCUUUACUAAACUAAGAUUAGUUUAGAACAGAUUCAUGGGUUCCUUUCUACUUUUUUUAUUUCAGUACUUUAGACUCCAGACUUCAUUCAAAUGUAACAAACAUAUUUGUAACGUUUAAGUUAGGGGUUUGUGCUCUUCUUUCUUGAAGUUGCUGCCUCAUGGCAAAAUACCCCUUGAUUUUGCAUGAAGGUUUUGGGUUUGAUUUUGUAUGUCUGAAUUUGAAUGAAGACUCCUCUCUCUUGCUGGCUUUUGGCAGUGUCCUUGCACUGCUUAAAUACUGCCUUUGGGGCAUGCUUGCAAAAACAUGGAGUAAGCAGCUGGGUCCUGAAUGCUCAGAGGCAGUUCGGAAACACCCAAACCCAUAUUCCACAACCUGUAUUCCCAAGGCCCCGGGGCAGAGGGAGGGGGAAGGUGCCCUGUCUCUGGCACGGCAGUGCAGUGUCUGUGGUGCAGCUCCAGUAUUCUCGACACCUCCUGGUGUGUGGGAUGGAGGUUUUGGUUCUCCCACAUAAAAGUAGAAGCUGUUAAAGCAUCCAAUCUGUGUGUUGAUGAGAUUUCCUUGUAUCUUCAACAUUUGAAAUUCCUUAAUAUUUUCCAACAUCUCAGUGCGUUGAACUCUAGCCUCUUCUACAGAUUGCUAAUAUUGGUUCUCAAAUACUCCAUAUUGAAGUGGGGGUUUUCCUGUAAGGAUUAUGUAAGCAUAAUUUCAGGAAACAAGUAAGGAGCUGGCAGGAGGUUUUUCUUCCCAAUUAUUUUUUGACACCAGUGCGAAAAAUUAACAGCCUUAACAAAACCUGGAAUCUACACUUCUCAGAGCUCUGGUUUCCAUGCCUGUCAGUUAACCAAUGCUGCCAUAAGCCAUGCUGCAAACACACUGCAUUUGCUGUUUCAAAGCACUUGCCCAGCUGCUGUAGGAAAAGAAGCUAAAUUCAAUUUAGAUCAGUGCCAUCAUGAACCUCAUUCCUCAAAAUAGGACUUCUCAUUGCUGUGUAAUAAUUCCACACUUCUGUGAGCCCUUCUGAAGUAAAGCUCAGAUGCCCAUACUCGAGGUUUGGGCUGGUAGAAGGUCUGCCUGCUCUAAGGAUGCUUAUAUUAAUUGCCACUAGCUGUGAGUUUAUUAACUGGAUGGAGGAAUAUUCUGUUGCCUCUUACACUUCUGCUAUUCUUAAGUUUUCUCAUCUUUCAGGCACCAGGAGACAGAAACUCUCAAAAGAGGUGGUAAAAAAACAUGUUGCUUAACAAAAGGCGUUAAUGCCUCAUAAAUUUUAAUUUCAACUCCCAGUAUAGCAGUUGGAGUAUAAACACAAGCUCUUAGUAGCCCCAAAAAGUGUGUGGUGGCUGACUCCUAGCUGAAUUCUUAAUGCUCUGCAGUUGAAAUUUGAAGACUUCAACCACUUACUAAACAUGUAAAUAACAGUGAAAAUAAUGUGACUGUUGGCACUGCAGAAUACUAAACCAGGAAUAUGCUUGAUGUAACUUACUUGAUACAGCUGUUAAACCUUGGUUUCCUUGUUUCCUGGUCAGAAGGAAAUAGGUCGAACAACAAAAACCAGGAAUCAUCACAAGAAUCGUUUUAAACAAAAAUGCAGUUAAGAGCUACACCCACCAGCCACCUCUACCAAGUGUUGAAAUAGUUUAAUUUAAAAAGGUGGUAGUCCCUGAAUGUUGCAGUGGUUGAAAAAGUUUCUUUCCGUCCUCGAUAACCUUAUCUCCAUGGGUUGAGGGGGGAAGAGAUGGGAGCAUCAGAAUUUAAAGCGGUGUUUAAGUAUGGAAAAUGUUUACGAUGUAUGUAAAUGGGAUUCUUAGUAGUGACAGAUCAUGUGCAAAUUGGCAAGACUUCAAUUUAUUUUUGAAUGGCAAUAUAGAUUGUCAAGGUUGUGUAUAAUUAUAAUAAAUAUAUAAACGGCUA